AUGGUGGACUCAAGGAAACAGAAUUACCGCUUACUGUUUAUUGGUUUUGGCGUAAAGUAUUACUAUGGAAGCAUGGAGGCUCAGUGGUUAGCACUGGUGCCUUGCAGCAUUGAGGUCCAAGGUUCAAUUCCAACUAAGGACAACUUCCGCAUGGAGUUUCUCCAGUGGCUGUUGGAUAACUAUGAGACUGCUGAAGGAGUUAGUCUCCCCAGAAGUACCCUAUACAAUCAUUACCUUCGACACUGUCAGGAGCACAAACUAGAUCCAGUCAAUGCUGCAUCCUUUGGAAAACUUAUCCGUUCCAUAUUCAUGGGACUCCGAACAAGAAGACUGGGAACCAGGGGCAACUCAAAAUACCACUACUAUGGAAUUCGUGUCAAGCCAGAUUCCCCUCUUAAUAGGUUACAAGAGGACAUGCAAUAUAUGGCUAUGCGACAGCAACCCAUGCAGCAGAAACAAAGGUACAAGCCUAUGCAGAAGGUGGAUGGAGUGGGGGAUGGAUUUGCCGGAAGUGGAGCUCAGACUGGUGCAUCAGUAGAGCAAACUGUCAUUGCUCAAAGUCAACACCAUCAACAGUUCUUAGAUGCGUCUAGAGCACUUCCAGAGUUUGCAGAAGUUGAAAUAUCUUCUCUGCCAGAUGGUACAACCUUUGAAGAUAUCAAGUCACUGCAGACUCUAUAUCGGGAGCACUGUGAGGCAAUACUGGACGUUGUGGUAAACCUGCAGUUUAGCCUGAUUGAGAAACUGUGGCAAACCUUUUGGCGCUACUCUCCCACCACGACAGCUGACGGCACCACCAUUACAGAAACUGGCAACCUGAGUGAAAUGGAAAGCAGACUGCCAAAAUCAACGUUGAUUUUGCUCUGCAAAAAUGAAUCCAUUUUGAAGUGGAUGUGCAACUGUGACCACGUGAUGUACCAAGCUCUGGUGGAGAUCCUCAUUCCUGAUGUCCUAAGACCAAUUCCUAGUGCCUUGACCCAAGCCGUUCGAAACUUUGCAAAAAGCCUUGAAGGUUGGCUCUCUAGUGCCAUGAGUAAUAUUCCACAAAGAAUGGUACAAACUAAGGUUGCUGCUGUAAGUGCCUUUGCUCAAACUCUGCGAAGAUACACCUCUCUCAAUCACUUGGCUCAGGCGGCGCGUGCCGUGCUCCAGAACACAUCUCAGAUUAACCAGAUGCUUAAUGACCUCAACCGCGUGGACUUUGCCAAUGUCCAGGAGCAGGCUUCCUGGGUGUGCCAGUGUGAUGACAACAUGGUGCAGAGACUAGAAACAGACUUCAAAAUGACUCUUCAGCAGCAAAGCACUUUGGAGCAGUGGGCUGCCUGGCUCGACAAUGUGGUGACGCAAGCACUGAAACCAUAUGAAGGAAGGCCCAGCUUUCCUAAGGCAGCUCGCCAGUUUUUGCUUAAAUGGUCAUUUUACAGUUCCAUGGUUAUACGUGACUUAACCCUGCGCAGUGCUGCUAGCUUUGGCUCUUUCCAUCUGAUUCGUCUUCUCUACGAUGAGUACAUGUUUUAUUUAGUUGAGCACAGAGUUGCUCAGGCAACUGGUGAAUCCCCAAUAGCCGUCAUGGGAGAGUUUGGUGAUAUAAAUGACACGUCUCCUGGAAAUAUGGAAAAAGAUGAAGGCAGUGAUGUGGAGAGUGAGAUGGACGAGGAACUUGAUGAUUCUGGAGAGCCCCCAGCCAAAAGGGAGAAGACAGAGUUGGGUCAAGCGUUCCAGGUGGGCUGCAUGCAGCCAUCGCUGGAGGGUAGUGUUCAGCAGAGCCUGGUUUUGAACCAAAUACACAGCGAGCACAUUGUCACAAGCACUCAAACCAUCAGGCAGUGCAGUGCCACCGGGAAUACCUACACUGCAGUCUAGUGAAUAUAAAAAGCUUUCAAAACAGAAGUGUAUAAAUAUAUGUAUGUUGGGCUUGAAAUUACAGCAGUAGAAAAGAAUAUGCCUAAAGACCGACUGUUGUCAAAUUUUCCUAUUGUGACCUUAACUAUUUUGUCAACCUUAACCCAAGCACAGCUUCAUUGCCCUUUCACGGU